AUGUCAGCUGCUAAUCCACCACGAGAAGAAGGCUCACGGUUCAGACUACGCCAGCGGCUGAAUGGACUCAUUCAGAGGCGAGGUCAUAAUUCUCCAACUGGCCGUGUUGCUGUCGUAGAGAGUCCAGGCGGAACUACCACCCAAGCCCUCCCAACAGAGAAUACGGCGGGAGUCACUCUGAGGAGCGAGACAGUCAUCCCCCUUGACCAACCCAGCAGGUCUCUUGAAACCGCUACGGUCAUUAUAGACUGUUUGCCAUCCAAUGAUGCCUCUCCCCCCGCCGCUGUCUCUGGCACAGCAGCCAACGGACGCUUGACCACCUCUCCUCCAACUUCUACUCAUGAGGCGGCACCAGCUCCUGAAACUGACAUAGACACAGACACUGACGUGGCCGCGGUUGCGCCUGCGGAUCAUUGGAGUAAGGCCUACCGAGAAGCAGUAGAGAGCAUGGGCGAAGAAGUGGAUGUUACUAUCCUCAAGGGGGAGAGCAUCGCCCAGCUAUUCAAAGAGCUCGAGACAGUUGAUAAGGACGCAACAGACGAGUCCACUUUCCUGCGAGGAGUCCGAUACCUCAACUCAAUACAGGCCCCGCUGGACCGAAUCAAGAUGGUUUUGGACAUAUCGGCGCCUCUCACAGCGCUUGAGCCCACAACCUCUGCCGUAUUUGGGGUUAUGAGAGGUGUUACAGCGGCACUCGUGUCGGUCUAUCGGAAACUCAUCGAGUUCUAUGCAGCUGCUUAUCAGUUUCUGUCCAAGAGAAGGGCUAAGUUGGUAUUGGCCGUUGUAUCAGACACUGGUACUCUACCGACUCUGGUCCAGGACAUUUCGAAAGAAGUCGAAAACCUCCGCAAGGUUGUUGAGAAAGCCACUCUCGAUAUCGCCCAGGACAUCAAGACUAUGAUGUGUGAUGAGAAAGUCUCACAAUGGCUGGGCCGUGACAAGCAGAGUCAGCAGAGCCGCCAUCAUGGCGAUUUCAAUCACCUUCGAGAUGACGCAGCUUGCAACUUCGUGCUAGAACAGCCCGAGUUCAAAACUUGGUACCGAGCACCCGACUAUCAACAGCUGGUUAUUAUUGGAGAUAUGGGAAGUGGCAAGAGUGUGAUAAUGAGCUUUCUUAUUCAGGAGCUACGUCGGAGAGCCGAGCACCAGCUCGAAAAGCCCAUGGUUCUAUACCACUAUUGCCAGAAUGAUGAAACCGGGCAUGCGUUGUGUAUCUUCUCUUCCUUGAUUCUGUCACUUCUUCAACAGCGUGUUGGGCUGAAGAAAGCCUUCUUCGACUGGUAUAAGCAAGAUCUGCUCAGCGGAAAUUUCGAACCCGCGACAAAUGCCCACAUGUUGAUUGAAAUUUUCGAACAAACUGUCCUAAGGCUCAAUCGACCUCUUUUCCUGAUAGUUGACGGUCUAGACGAGUGCGACGCAGGCUCCCUCCACAUGCUUCUUCAGUCACUGCGCAGCUUGUCUCAGAAGAUCUCGGGGCUAAAAGUUGUGCUGUCUUCUCGACCCUGGGGGGGAAUACUGGAUCAACUAGAGGGAUCUCUGAGGGUCGAUAUUUGUGCUGAUCCAGGCAGAGAUAAAGUCAUCGCUGAAAAGACCGUCAAAACAAGAUUAGGAUACCUUGACGCACGUCUCCAAGAGCUCAUUAUCGAGAGGCUGUCUAGUCUUGCAAGAGGAAGUGCCAUAUGGACCAAGAUGACUGUCGAAGCCAUUGCUGCGAAGAAGAUCAUGGCACGUGGCCGCAUGAACAAGUUUCUGGAAGAGAUGCCACAACCACGGGACCUGUCAAAACUGUACACCGAUCUGUUCAUCCGAUGCGCGGGCAAGGAGCCAGAGGCCCAGGAUAUGGCAGCUACAGCCUUGGAAGUUCUGGGUGCGGCCAGAAGACGGUUGAGCAUCCUAGAACUUGCUUGGGCUGUCGCAACGGGGACAGUUGAUGGAGAUAUUACCACUGUCGCAGGGGUUGCUGAACUGGUCGACUAUCAAGGCGUUAUGGCCCUCAUCCAACCAUUUGUUGCUGGCGUCGAUUUCGAUGAUGUCAAGAGACGGCAGGUUAUUGUUGCUCACCAAUCGGUCAAAGAAUUUAUAUUGAGCGACCUCGGUGCAACCCGGCCUGGACAUAACAAUUUGGAAAACCCUACAAGGUUGGAGAAUGUCAUCUUGAACAUAUGUAUUCGAUACCUGCUUCUCGACGAGAUCGACGAGGCUUCCAUUCUUUCCGAUGAGCAGACGGCUAUGGAGGAACUACCACAAGACGCGGAUAUCUUUAGUGAUGUCGCUGCAUCCCCCAGCUUCACUAUGGAUUGCUCGUGGGAGAACUGGGAGGAUGGCAUGAUUCGCUACGACCCAGCUGACCGAGGAUUCGGCGAGUUCUUCGUCUAUGCCUCUUGCAACUGGAUACAUCAUUUCGCCUUUGUUACCAAAGAGCCCCUCCCUGAUCUUAGUAGCAUUGAAAGGCUGUGCCAGCCCAACUCGACUCGAUUACUGAAUUGGACCAGCCAAAAUAGUCGGCCGGACUGCGUAGUCCAGGCAAGAUUUGAGUUUGACGGCAGCUUGUACGACCCCUUGAGCAUCACGUCGCUCUACGGAUCGGAAGUGGUGCUGCUCAAGAUGCUUGAAACAUCUGACUUGGAGUCUCCCAAAUUCUUACCCAACACAGCUAUGAUCGCUGUUGAGCAGGUCCUACAAUGGGCCGACUUACGCAGACUUGGAAUGCUGUUUCAUGGACGCGGAACUGGUUGCCAUCUUCAGAAUAUUGGCUUCUUUCGUCGUAUCAUCGAAUGGUGGCGCUCUCCAAGCAUAAAUAACAGCCAGGACUGGGAUGCUGCAUUUGACGUUAUCAACGAUAUCUCUGACAUCUUAAUCCGGGAAAGAUGGGGUAACGAGCUCCUAUGCCUGGCCGCCAGUCACGGCUGUAUGCCCAUCAUUAAACGCUUGAUGAAUAACGCACAGCAGAAUGUUGACCUCAAAGAGGAACUGCUACGUGCGCCUCAGCGCCAACCUCGAAGCUUGGCUCAUCCAGGUCACCAGUCCGUUGGAGAGGCCGCAUUGGCUGGCCAUGUUGAUGUUGUCAGGUUCUUGUUAGAGCAAGAUGGUAUUCAAGGGCAUCUUCGUCACCGCAACUCAAAAGGUGAAAACGUCCUACACUUGGCAUCUGAGCAGUGUAAGCCUGCUAUUUUUCGAGUUCUGGCACCUCGCUUUUGUGAAGGCUUAUCACAGAGAGAUUGCCAGGGCAGAACUGCGUUGAUGCGAGUGGUUGAGAGCUCAUCCACUUUACAAAAUCACAUCGAGUCUGCUCAAGUACUCCUGUCACUGAGCGCAGUCGACCAGAGAAUGUUGUCGAAGGAUCAACAAGACCUGUUGCACAUGGCGGAGCAAAUGCAUGACCAGGCGAUACACAAUCUAUUAUCCAAAUUCUGUGAGCCUCACCAAAUUGGCACUGCUUAA